UGGUUUUCUGAUGAUCCUGAUGUGUCCGAAAACCUUGUGCUUCAAACAAUGAAAUGGCAAGGAGAGGAGUAUUUUCUUCCAGCCAUCCUCCUAUGUGUCUCCUGAAGAACUUAUGUCUUCUGAACAUGGAGGGGUUUCAGUUCUCACUGGAAAGAAGGUUGUACACAUGGAUGUACGAGAGAACAAGGUUAAACUGGACGAUGGUAUUCUCAUCUAUGAAAAGUGUUUAAUUGCCACAGGAGGAACUCCUAGAAACCUCCCAUACAUAGAACGUGCUGGAGAGAAUGUGAUGCAGAGAACCACCUUAUUUAGAAGGGUAUCAGAUUUUCGUUCCCUCAGUAACCUUUCCUCCUCAAUUGACUCAAUCACCAUUAUUGUUUUUUAGGAAGUGAGUUGACUUGCGCUUUGGCAAGGAAAGGGAGGCAAACUGGUCUUGAAGUAAUCCAGAUUCUCCCUGAGAGUGGUAACAUGGGAAAAGUUCUUCCAGAAUAUCUUAGCCACUGGACCGCCGAAAAGGUGCGAGGAGAGGGUGUAAAUGUAAUGUCCAAUGCUGUUGUUACAUUUGUUAGUUAUCAGAAUGGAAAACUUAAGAUUUCUCUAAAGGAUGGAAGACAGGUGCAGACAGAUCACAUAGUAGCUGCUGUUGGUUUAGAACCCAACAUGGAACUGGCAAAAUCUGCCAGCUUAGAACUUGAUGGUGAAUUUGGGGGAUACAGGGUUAAUGUGGAACUCCAGGCUCGCAACAGUGUGUGGGAGGCAGUAGAUGCAGAUUGUUUCUAUGAUAUUAAACUUGUCCGCAGGCGAGUUGAGCACCAUGAUCAUGCGGUUGUAAGUGGAAGACUAGCUGGGGAGAAUAUGACCGGAGCUGCUAAACCUUAUUGGCAUCAAUCUAUGUUCUGGAGUGAUCUUGGUCCUGAUGUUGGCUAUGAAGCCAUUGGUAUUGUUGACAGUUCACUUUCAACUGUUUGUGUGUUUACCCGGGCCACAGAGAAGGAUACACCAAAAAGUGCAGCUGAGUUAAGUGGCACAGGCAACCGUUCUGAGAGUGAUACCAGGGAAAUAUUUCAGACAGAAAAUACUGCCUCUCCUGUCUUACCUCAAUCAUCUCCUCCUUCCACGCAGCAGAGGGAAACCUAUGGAAAAGGAGGGGUGUUUUACCUGCGUGACAACAUAGUAGUGGGAAUUUUGCUGUGGAAUAUCUUUAAUCGAAUGCCUAUUGCACGCAAAAUAAUUAAGGAUGGUGAGGAGCAUUCUGUUCUCAAUGAGGGGACUGAGCUUUUCAAUAUCCACGAUGAGUAAAUCACUA